UUUGUUGAGUUGUGCAGUGCAGUGAUGAUGUUUUCUAAACACUGCUGGUUGGUGGCGGUGAUUGUGGUGUGCGGUUAUGUCAGCAUUGGCCGAUGCCAGAAUGUCAGCUACGCUCACUCGAACGAUGAGUUGGCCGCUCUGCAACAGCUGGAGCUUAUUAACGUGGCCUACUGGCAGAGUGUGGAGGCAUAUCGGAAGUUCUCCGAUGACACAUUGAGUGCUGAAAUAUUGCUGAGACAGAAGCUGCAGCCCUACUAUGAGGCUUUGCAGAAAUACGAUUGGCAGAACUUCAAGGAUCCGCUGCUGCGUCGCCAGUUCGAGGUCAUAUUGCGUGGGGCUGUGCACCCGCCCAUCGGUUAUGAUUUUAAGCGAGCGACGCGUACACUUAAAUCGAUGUCGCGACAAAAGUGGGCGUGUCCGCGCAAUGGAGGCGGAAAAUGUAACUUGGCUUUUGUGCAUAAUAUCAAGACUAUUUUCACGAACAGUGACGAUCUGGACGAGAUCAAGUACUAUUGGCAGGAGUGGCGCAACAAACUGCCGGAUAGUGUGAAGGAGGCGCUCCACUACUACAUCGGCUAUUAUCAGAACCUAAGCACGCCUACGCGCAAUGCCUCGUCUGUUUGGUAUGCCGAGUAUGAGGAUGCCAAUUUCAUGGCUGAGUUGGAGAGCCUCAUGGAUUCCAUCCAGCCUUUCUACCGCGAACUUCACGCGCACAUGCGUCACGUGUUGCGUGUGAAGUAUGGCGAUAGUGUUAUACCGCCCACGGGCCUUAUACCACACCACUUGCUGGAGCAGGUCACCUACCAGGCCUGGAAGAAGGACUCAGUGCUGCGCAAUCCCUUCCCACAACGCAAGCUGCCCAACUUGCAGGCGGAGUUAGAUGAUGUCGGUUUGCUGCCAUUCGAUUUGGUCAACAUUAGUGCGCGUUUCUUCUCAUCAAUUGGCUUCGAGAAUUUGACAGACGCCUUUUUGGAUGAGCACUUUAAGGCUAUGGAGCCAGGCAGUGGUGGACCCGACUGCAAGUCCCGAAUUUUCGACUUUGGCACCAUCGAGAUGCAUUACUGUCCCAAGGUCUAUUAUAAGAAGCUGCUGCAAACCCAUGGCGACAUGGCCCGUGUUCAAUAUGCCCUGGCUAAGAACAAUUUGGCCGUGGGCUUGAACCAGGAAGCCAGUCCUGGUUUUGGCAAUGCCAUUGGCGAAGCCGUCAUACUUUCAGCCUCGACGCCCAAGCAUCUGCAGCAGCGUUUGCGGCUCCUCCAGGACUACGAAUAUGAUGAUUUGCUAAAUCUGAAUCGACUCUAUCGAAUGGCAGUCCACACAUUACUCACCAUCCCGGUGUACUUUGUGCACGAGAAGUUGUGGGUGGACAUGAUAGAUGGACGUGUCACGCCCAGUGAGUACAACUGUCAUUACUGGAAUCUCAUGCAGAAAUAUAUGGGCGUUGAGGCACCCGCCCAGACCAAUACGGCUGCCUAUGAUAUGCCCUACAAAUUCUACGAGGGCAUUGUGGACGAAUACCGCAGUACCAGAAAAAUUUUCGGGGAGUUCCUUGGUUAUCAGAUAUAUCGGGCAGUGUGCCUGAUAACGCGGGAAUUCGAACGCGGCAAUGCCUACAAAACGCUGGACAAUUGUGAUUUUGCCAACAAUCGUCAUGCUGGCAAACUUUUAAAAGAAAUAAUGGUGAGCGGCUCUAUCAAGCCCUGGCGGGACGUUAUUAAGCCCUUAACCACAGUCCAACUAACCCGUAUAUCCGCCACAUCCUUUCUCGAAUACUUUGAUACACUCAAUCAGUGGCUAACGGAGGAUAAUCUAAGCAAACAGCUCCGUGUUGGCUGGAUGGAAUCUGACAAGUGUAAGGGCAAUGCUGUUCCCUUGAACAUCACGGCAGCCAAUGCGUAUUAGAGCAGAGUUCCGAUGAAAACAAAACAAAAUAAAGAGAGCUUCGCGUCCCUGGCUUAGAAAUAAUGUUGCGAAACUGAUAAGCUAAUGCCGGAGCUCAACAAUAACAGAAAACAACAGCAACAAAUAAAACAGUUUUAAUUCAAAUAUGCAACAAAACUAAGCAAAGGGUCCCAGUGUACGCUGAGAUGCUAAAGCGCUCGGAGCAAUAAUAAAAAUUAAAGCAGAUUGUGCGCACAA